AAAGAGUUUGGUGAAAUUCGCGUUACCAAAAAAACUGAUGCAUCUUCCUCUGCAACUAACACUGGACAAUUAUUUUUCGAAGAUUUCUUGAAAAUAGCUGAGGAGAAGCAGCUCGACAGUCAAAUAACUAGGAUCUAUAUUUCCUUAAAGGAACGCGAGGUUGGGUGUUUGUCGAUACAUCAGCUUUUAAUUGAAUUUAAAAGUACAGGACAGCAAUCUGCUCAGGAUUUUUUCGCAUUUGCGAGUACUCGACUCACAUCCCGGUUAUGCUCUUUAGCAGAAUGUUCCACUCGUGAUCAGAGUGAUUCAUUACUCUGGCACGAGUUGAGAUAUGGCAGAAUAACAGCGUCAAAAAUCUUAGAAGCAGCUCAUUGUAAAACAAGUGAUGGAACUCUGAUGCGACAAAUAAUUGGUGCUGCUGAUACUUUUUCUACUAUACACAUGAAACGUGGUAAAAUCUUAGAGGAAAAAGUAUUGGCUGAGGUAGAAAAAAAAAUGAAAUUGAAAUGUAAAAGAUCUGGACUAAUAUUAUUACCUUCCUUUCCUAUACUGGGUGCUUCACCAGAUGCUGUAGGAGAUGACUUUAUUAUCGAAAUAAAAUGUCCAGCAAAAGAAAAUACUGUUCAAAAUUAUGUAGCAAAUGGUCAAAUCAAAGCAAAAUGUUAAGCACAGAUGCAACUGCAAAUGCUGGCUACAAAUGUCACAAAAGGCUAUCUCUGCGUAGCGGAUUCAAAUUUUGAGAAAA